AUGGAUAGCCCAGGUAUUCUAACUGUCGUGUACUCUCGCUUGGGACGUUUUCCAGAGAUCAAAGCUGUCUGUGGCUUUCUUGCUGUCUGGGCGCUUUUUCGCUGGAUUCGCUACUAUCGCUCAUGGAUUAAUCUUCCCACUGUUGGGCCUAAGGGUUUCCUGGCGUCUAGAUGGUCCGGGCUAAAGUGGCCCGCAAACUGUGACCAACUCCUUAACGAGGGAUAUGUCAAGCAUGGCGACUAUGCGUUCCAGGUACGGACUCGGGACAGGUGGGAGGUGUGUGUAUGCAACGACGACAUGGUCCGCGAAUACCAAGUCCUUUCUGAUGAGUAUGCAUCUCUAGAUGCAGUCAGUGAAGAUCUCUUUCAGACCAUGUACACUUGCCCAGGCGUCGCGGACUCACUUAAACAUGUGCCCGUGGCGGCUCUCUCAAAGGCUGUGGUUUGGUCCAGAAACCGAACAACGGGGAAGCAUUCCACAUACUUCCAGGAGUUGGUUAAGGAGCAAGAAUUUGGGUUGAAAGCUGAACUUGAUGUUUCUUCAGGUGAAUGGACCGAGUUCAACUGCCUCUCGGUUGCACUUGCGCUGAUGCUACGAAUGAUCGGCCGAGUGUUGGUCGGCCACCCACUCUGCCGGGAUCCAGAGGCCAUCUCGUUGUUCAUGAGCUUGUUGGGUCCUCGUUUUGCCGCUUCCAAGAUGCAAGUUGAGCUAAGCACUCUCAUAGUCGAAGACAUGAUGCGCAACGCCGAUGCAAAUGAUGACCAGCUGACGCUCGCGCAAUGGGUUUGGCGGUGGACAGAGCGAGAAACGCCCGGCGAGUACACCCCAUUCGACGUGGCUGGAUUGCUAGUAUCAUCUAUCUUCGGUGCAGUGCAUACAGCUGGCUCGGUGCUCACCAAGUCCUUCUAUGAGCUCACUCAACGGCCGGAGUAUAUCGAAGUUCUUCGCAGCGAAGUUGAACAAGCCAUGCGCGAACAUGGAGGUGUCGGCAGGGAAUCCAUCGAGGCCAUGACAAAAUUGGACAGUUUCAUCAAGGAAACCAUGCGCCUACAACCUGUCGGUCCAGCCGCAGUCCAUCGAGUCAUGAAGAAAGACUAUACCUUCAAGAAUGGGGUAAAGCUACCGAAGGGGACAUUCGUCUUCGCCCCAAAUACACAGCUACAUAUGGAUGAGCGCCUUUAUGACCAACCGGAAGAGUUCGAUGCGUUGCGAUUCCACAAACUCGGGCAAGUGUCGGGAAAGCCAAAUAACUACAAACUUGCCGGCUCCAGUCCCAAAACGCGUCAGUUUGGUGACGGGAAGCACGCAUGCCCCGGGAAGCAGCUUGCUGCUGAUCUGCUACGUAUCAUCAUGGCCCACUUCCUGCUCAACUUCGACAUCCGGAAGUGCGAUGAGGACGCCUUAGGAUAUCUCAUUUCUGGGCACUUAAUUGUGUGUUGUGGCAAAAAGUCUCUGCUAAUCCCGUUCUUUCAAGACGCCAUGACGAUUCCUAGCCAGCGCAAGACGAUCACCGUGGUCGGAGCUACCGGCAAACAGGGGGGUUCAGUUGCCAAGUCGCUUCUCCAAAACUCCAAGUUUAAUGUGCGAUGCCUGACUCGAAAUGGGUCGUCGAAAAAGGCAAGCGAGCUUCGUGCAAUGGGGGCAGAUGUCGUGCAAACAGAUGGCUUUGACGAAGAUUCAACCCGCGAUGCAAUCGCUGGUAGCUGGGGCAUAUUUAUUAACAAUGGAUACUCAAAUACGGACGAUGUGAGAGAGGGCCGGUAUGAACUGGACUUUGGGAACCGCAUUCUACAAAGCGCUGCUGCCGCUGCAAUCCCGCAUGUUGUUUUCAGCUCCCAGCCAUCAGCAGAGGAACUCACCAAUGGCAAAAUUCGCACCCCCAUUUUGGAUGUCAAGGCAUGGGGCGAGACAUGGGGACGAGCAAACCCAGCCUUUACCACCUUCACCCCAAUCAUGUGCUCUUGGUACAUGGAAGACUUCCUAAUGCCAUCAUUCUAUCAGGGGUUCGGUGGAUUCCCGAUGAACAAGGAUUCCGAUGGACUAUUCACAUUACGCAGUCCAUUGAUCGGCGGUGGUGAGAGGGUGCCUUGGAUAUGUAUCGAUGAAGAUUUUGGGGACUUGGUUCAUGGAAUCUUCCUGAACCCGGUUCGUUGGAAUCGUCGCACUGUCCAAGCCGUUGGUGAUAUCCUGUCCUUUGCGGAUGUUGUGGACACCUUCGCCCGAGUGAGGAAGCAACCGGCACGGUUUAUCGGACACGAAGACCCUGAAACGUUCCCGGCUUUUGAGAAGCCCGAGUUGAAAGAGUCCAAAGAUGUAUUCUCGUUCUAUCAAAUGCGAGAUGGCGAGAUAUUUGGGUGUGGAAUCACCGAAUCUCAGACCUCGGCCGAACUGAAGAGAGCGGCUACUCAGGCUAAAAGGUGCUCUGGGGGCCGGGAAUCUCUUAUGACAUGUGCUGAAUGGUUCGCAGACGUCUUUCCACAACACGCGUAG